GAGGCAUUUUCUGGCCAUAGUCGAGCCCUGGCCAGAGUAUUUUCCACACCAAUUCGUGCGAAAGAGUGAAAUAUUUCAUAGAUUUUCCCCCUGGAGAGUGAAAAUAGGUAUCUCUGCUGCGUUGUGAUAAAUCAGGUGAAAUGGCAUCAAAGAUAAUUCUGCUGCUCCUCUCGCUGGCUGUGGCGCUGCAGUGGGAAAGAGUGGAGGGCAUCCGGUGCUACGAGUGCUCGUCCAGCGACAACAAAUACUGCGCCGAUCCUCCUGACACCGGCAGUCUGCAGCCGGUGGAAUGUGGCCCCGGAUCGACAGUCUGCUCCAAGGAGAUCCUCAAUAUCUUCGACAAGACCGUGGUCUCGCGAUGGUGUGCCGACGAGAACUUCUGCCGGAACGUCGACGCGGGAAUUGGCUCCUGUUCCCUCUGCCUCACCGAUCUCUGCAACACUUCGAGCGUCCUCAAGAGCUCCUCCUUCGUCGUUGGCCUUCUGACUUUGGCAGUUGUGCGGCGGAUAUUUGCAGUGUGAUAUGGUCUUUUUAUAUGCAAGAAAUGUACAACUUUUCGUCGGGAAAGUGAAGAAGAGAGAAAAAAAAACGAGUGUAGCAAAUAGAGUCGGAGA